CAUACGUACCGUUUUUAUACGAUCAAUUGGAUGUAAGAAUAUCAUUUGUAGUACAAUGGGAGGUGAGGACUCAAAACCAGCGCCACCGCCGAAACCACAGCCGACACCACAACCGGCAACACGGGUAGUAUAUCGAGAUCCACCUCGUGCAAAAACGCCUCCACUGACCUCGACGCCUUGGCGAGCUAUGAAAGAAAAAUGGGGACCAGGUUUUAGCCAGAAGCUACAAGAUGAAACGAAAUCAAUAAGCAUUGAAUGCGGCGACGUGAAAAAGCCAGGUCUUCUGUUGCUUGGGCCUAUCAAAGCGGGCAAAUCAACGUUCAUCAAUUCAAUUUUCAGCAUUGGCAAAGGGAGGCUGGUAAAUAAGGCAUACACUGGAUCGGCAAAUAAAAGUUUUACAGUAUCAUUUACUAGAUACAGAGGAACUGGCUUAUUGAAGAAUUUUCGUCUCUGUGAUACAAUGGGUGUAGAGGACGACGAAGAAGAAGGGUUUCACGUUAGUGAUAUAGUACAUUUGAUAGAGGGACAUAUCCGCGAUAACUACAAGUUCAAUCCACGCUCGGCCCUAACUUCAAAAGAUCAUGCUUAUAACCCUUGUCCAAAGCCAGAGGAAAAAAUACACUGUGUUGUUUUUGUAAUUGAUGCCUUAGUGCUGUCGUCCGGAUCCAUAUCGAAUGGGAUGAGAAGGAAAAUUCACCAUUUGCAAGAGGAAAUAAGAAAACGUGACGUCCCACGUGUACUUGUCCUAACUAAAGUUGACUUGCUUUGUCAAAAGGUUGCUGAAGAUAUUCGUAACAUCUUCAGUAGCACGAAAGUCCAGAAGGCGGUGAAAAAGGCGUCAGAAAUAUUCGCCAUACCAGAGUCAAAUAUUCAUCCCGUGAAGAACUACGAAGGUGAAAUCGAAAUUGACCCACUAAAGAACAUCCCACUGCUGCUAGCCUUGAGGCAGAUUAUUCACUUUGCAUCUGAUUAUCUAGAGGAAAACGAUCAUGAUUCGGACUGAAAGUCGUAAUAUUUUCACACACACUUGUAAAAGUGCGGUAGACUUGGCGGAGUACGAAUAAUCGUUGUAGAUUUAGUGUGAUAAAACAUAUUAUAUACAUUUCCUGUUGAACGAAAGAGAAAACAUUUUACUCAAUUUUGGUUUUAUAAACAUAGGUUGAUUGAUAAAGUUGAUAUAGUAUGUCUGUCUGCUUUGAGCAUAUCCUGCUUUGUAGUACUUUUCAUAACCUAUACACCAUAAAGAACAGAACAGAAAAGAAGCUAUUUAACGGAUAUACGUACAUUUAUUUUACAGGAAAAGCUAUUAUAGAUAGAUAGAUAGUUAGAUAGAUUUAUUCAGGUGUAAGAUCAUAUAUACAAUUUAAAAUUACAAAUAUCGCAUUAAGUAAGAUCAGUUUUGUAAGAUAUAUAAAACUAAGCGAACAAAUUCUAAAACUAACAUGUGACUUACAUUCACGUAAUAUUGCUUAAACACAGAUAAAAAAUACGAAUAGAUAGUUUUAUAAAAGUUAUAAAAAAGACAAUGAUUUAAUAAUAAUAAAAAUCAUAAAAACCAUAUCAUUAGUCUUUAAUUGACUCUAGUGCAAGCGAGAUAGCUAAUUCUAAUUGACGCCGUGCAUUUAUUCAGCUUCUUCAUGUCGUUUUGUUAUUUGCCUUUAUUUGUAAUGAUUUGACAUAAGAUUGGUGUGUUCUUUGUUUGUAGCGAGAGUGUGAAAUUUAAACAUAACAUUAUAGCGUCAACCAAUAUAAUACCAAUACAUAAGAAAUAAUGUUGGGCACAAUUUCAUACAUACAAAACUGGGGUUUCCUCUGUCUGGGGUUUCCUCUGUUAACUCUUCAUAAUGGCCCUUCUAUUUGUGAAUACUCUGUGAAAGGACAAGGACAUGUCCAGCUUUUUGAUACAUGUUUUGGAGGUAACUCUGCAGAACCUCAUACCAAUUUACAGUAUUAAGUCGUGCUGGAUAUACCCAAUCACAAUUACAGCCAAAAAGACCUCAUAGGAAAUUCAUGUGAAUAUAAAUGUAUAUACAAGGGUAAUUCAAUAAUUUCUGUUAUUGGUCCUCGUAUACCUAAAUUAAAAAUAAGAUCCAAACAGUUUUCACGUCAGACCUUCAAAGUAUUCUCUCUGCAUAGAAACACCUUUCCUCUUUCUCCUCUUACUACCCCUAUCUCCCGUUCCUUCCCAUUCCCAUGCAAUUGCGCCCUCUUGCAUUUGCACCCCCUCUCCUUUUCCUUUUCCUAUGAGAAAGUUAUCGUGUCCACCAUAAUUUUGGCCGCCGGCCGUCCUUAGGCGGUACUCGGCUGUUUAAAAACCCUCAAUAUAUGGCUUUGGCAGUGUUGGUUUAAUUUUGCUCAACUGGGAAAACUCUUAUCUUGCAAUGAUGUACUGUUGAUUGUUUUAGUCUCUACAAUUUGCUUUUAUGGUUGUGAUCAUACCCUUAUAUUCUUUUUAUGAUAUGAACCUAAUAUAAUUUGUUGUUUAUGUUUGCAAUUUCUUAACAUGUGUUUUGUAUUAGGCAUGUUUUAUUUAUAUUAUAAAUAUGUACUAGUUAUAUCUUAAAUCAAUAGCGGACUGUGAUAUCAGAUUACUUACGCAACAUUUUAAUUAUGGAACCACUUCUUUUCGCAGGUCUUUGUUUGUUCGGUUACAGAGCUUGACUUUGUCGGGGCAAAUACCUUUAUAGUUAAUUUUGAGUUUAUACCUUAUCCGACAUAAAAUCUUGUUGAUUUAAGGCCUCCGGUUAUAGAUAUCUAAAACACGUUUGUUUUCAUGAACAGCUGAAAAUAAAAAAAGAUACCGGAAUCGUAAAGCCAUUGCAUAUGAAAACAAUACAUUUAGUCUUCGUAUCAUGUUUUUUUUUAAUAUAAGAAUAGCGAAAAUACACAUUUGUUUUGUGUAUUGAUGCCUGCAGAAGCUCGUGUGUGUCGUUUUGACAUGGUUUAAGGCAUGUAAUAAUGUAGGUGUAUAGCCUAAGUUUCAUAUACAACCAUUUUUUCUAGAGCUGUUUAACUUUUAUUUCAGCCGUACGUUAAGGGUUUACAUGGACUAAUACAUUGUUUCAACUUUAUACCAACAUUUUUCAAGAUUUCAUGCCAUUUUCAGUUAUAGAUAUCAGCGCGUAUACUUACCCCUAAAAUAGCUUUUGCGAUAUAAUUUUCAAAGGUUUUCACCCUGAAUCUUAAUGAUGUAAAUACAUACUUCCAAAAACAUAUCCAAAAAGAGUGAAAAUAAGAUAAUUUUGUGUUUCAUUCAACUAAAUUAUGUCAUUUUGUACCAAAAUCAAAUCAAAAUACCCUAUA